AUGCAGCUGUUAGUUUCCCCUGUACUUCCUCAAUUUCUCGGUAAUCAUUUGACUCAUCCAGAAGACGUAGCUAUACCAGUUCCUUAUAUUUCAAAGCUUGGCGCUAAAUUACAACCUGGUCAAACUCUUAUCGCUCAUGGUAUCAUCGAAUCUAAUGCAUCUGAAUUUGAAGUGAAUCUGUUAAAUGGUUCACCAGAUAUCGAAUCAUCAAGGGCUGCCAUUUUUCAUAUGAAAGUUAAUUUCAAGGAAAAUGGAACGGUCUAUAAUACUUAUGAGAACGGUAAAUGGGGUAAGGAAGAGAAAUCAUCGAAUCCAUUUAAAAAAGGUGACGAUUUUGAUCUUCUUAUACGCAUUCACGACGAUAAAUUAGAAAUUUUCGGUAACCAGGAAGAGCUUCAUUUUUACAAAACUCGUAUCAAUGUAGAUUCCGUGGAAUAUUUAACUAUACGAGGAAAUGUCUUCUUAAGUGGUGUACGUUGCGGUGGUCGAUAUUAUACUUUGCCAUUUGAAACACAGUUCCCGGGAGGACAUCUAAAUGACGAAGGACGGGUUUAUUUGUACGGUAUUCCGAAAGGUGAACGUUUUGAAGUCGAUUUUAUAGCAAGAAAUGGCGAUAUUUUGUUUCAUUUUAAUCCACGUUUUAUGGAAAGGAAGAUAAUACGCAAUGCACAAAUUGGCUACGUUUGGGGGCAGGAAGAACGCGAGGGUACAUUUCCGUUCAGGAGGGAUAUUGGCACCGAUAUUAUUUUCCAUAACGCACCUUAUUCCAUUCAGAUGUUUGUGGAUGGUAAACGUUAUGGUACAUUUGCGCACCGCACAUCAUAUCCUGAUGAAGACUAUAUGGCUCUUCGAGUAGCUGGUGAUUUUGACUUAACAGGGAUGGAAGUCACGAUGUAA